ACUCUUCUUUGCCAGUGAGCCUUUAUCUGUUGUUUUGAAUCCCAGACUGCUCUGGAGAAGCUGCCUGCUUGCGGGCAGGGCUUGUAACUUGUGAAUACGCGAGUUUGCGGAGUGUUUCCAGUCUGGGGUCGCGGAGAUGUUGAACCGGAGAAGAUGUGGAGCAGGAUCUGUGCAGAUUCUUCUACGUCUGCGUGCUGUGAACGCAGCCUGAGCUGUAAGCGUUGUCUCACACAAUGCAACUAGUGGAUAUUGUGACAAAAACCACGUUUCCUUUGCACUCUGAAGCGUGGGCUCAGAUAUUUUGAAAGCCAAAUAAUCUGACUUCAAAGUUUUAAAUAUGGAGUUAAAUUGGGAUGUGGCCCCUAAAAAUGGCACUACUGUGUUUUUUUCAAGGGAGGUUUAUGAUAAUUAUUCUUUGGCUCCGAAUAUAAAAGAACUCUGGGCAGUUGCACUCAGUCCACCAGUAAAAGCUAAAGAAGCUACAAAAGAGCAAAAAUGUGAAGCUAAUGAUCUCCAGCCCAAAUCCACAUCUUCAGUUCAAGAAGAAAAGGCUCCUACUUCUGCUCCUGCUGAUACAAAAGAUGUUUUUCCUGAACCAAAAGUACCCUAUCCCUGCUUAUCUGGACUGACCCAGGUGGAACAGAAGAUGUACAUACACAUGUUAACGGCCAAAUCCAAGAAACUAAAUCCCCAUGAAAUGAAAAACUUCAAGCGCUUGCAAGAACUCGUGCAAAUCGAAGUGCCAGAGUACAUGAAGUUUCUGCAAAACGCAGCAAGGAUCUGCAAAGAUGAUUAUAACAGCAUUUCAGAAGGCGCAGCCCGCUACUCCGAGGAGUAUCUCAGAGCUUGUAGUGAGAAAGUGAAGAAUUACCCGGAGGUUUAUGUCAUUCAUGAAAUGACAAGCAUGACAGGAGGCAAAUUUAGCCAAGAAUUAUCUUUGAAUUUUGAAAAACAUCUUCUUAGUCUGGGUCAGGUAAAGAUGUUCAAGGCAAAGCCUCUCCUGAAUGCCAAAGGCAUCCAAAUGGCAACAGAUUAUGAGAGUGUGGCGGCAGAAUUUCCUCCCGAGAAGAAAGCUUGCAUUGCGCACACAGACAUCAGCAGUGACAUGAAUGCUGAAAGUCUUUGUAUGAAAUACAGCCCUCACGUAUCUAUGACAAGUCAGGCACUUUAUACACUUCUGAACAACCAUGGGCCAGACUACAAUGACUCCUGGGAGUUACCACUAUGUGUCAAGAAGAUUUCUGGGGAAGGUGAAAGUGUGAAGAAAGUUGUUUUUAUAGACUCUCCCUUAUUGAAGAGAGAAAUAACUGUGAGGGAGAAAAAUCAGAUUUUCCACAAGGAAAGCAUACAUCUUUUGUUGAAGAGUGGCUCUUUAAAGCAGGUUUCUGAGGUGCUGCUCAAUAACACAACUCUCGAUCCUGUGGUUCCCUGGACAGACAGAAGACCUGUAUCCUUUGAUGAUAUGGAAGUUACCUUUGAGGCUGACUUCACAGACCUGGAAACGUUUGGAGAAUCUUCUUCUUCCUCCAAGAUGUCAAAUUCCAAAAGUACUUCAAAGAAUCUAAAGACAACUGCAUCUUGUAAAACACAGGAGGGGUCCCAGUCGAGUGAUGCCACAAAACAAUUGGGAAAGAGCCCUGCGACUACUUCAGAAGACCUCAAGAGCCCAGAUUCUAAAUUGGACUUCAAAGGGAAGACAUCCUCUAAAGAUGACUCCUGGAUUGAUUUCCAGGAUUCUUCGACGUUUGACAGUUCGUUAGACGACACAAGUAUAAGCAAGGAGUCUGACGAAGUGGAUUGCAAAACCAUGGAACCCGAUGCUUCUGGUACGACAACGGUUUGUUCAAGCUCUGCAAGAUCGCCUGUAAUGCAGCAGAAACAAGUGUCCAAGGCAAACCUUUUCUCCUCUGAUGCGGAUUCUGACGACGAGCGUCUAGUGAUCGAUGAUCCCCUCGCACGCGCCCGUUCGGUGAAAGGCGAUGAAAGCCUCUCUCUGGCCUCUGCAAGUGCUGAGCGGCCCGCACAGGUUCCGGAGCCUGUGCCAGACACCCCCAGGUCCCCUUCUCCCGAGCACGGGAGAGAGAGCCUUGCCUCGACGGGCACGAAAGGGAUCAGGAGAGCACUCAAGAGGCCCAAAACAGGUGUAUCAAAAGACUGUGACCAGCUCGGGCAGAUCCUCAAGAUGCAGUGUGCGUUGCUGAAGCCCAGCUCAAAGGCAACACAGGAGCCCAUGUCGCCACAAGCCAAUACUAAUAGCUUGCCAGCUACGGCCCAGAGCCACGCCAGGCCGCUGGUGAAGGCCUGUGUUUCAUCCUUCCUGGAGGCCAGCCAGAGGACCACUGGAGCUGCCCUGGCUGCUCCUGCGGCCCCACAUGCUGACUGCCCUCAGGCCUUGCCACCUCAGAAACGGUUGCUUCAAGGUAGCUUGUCAGCAGUGGAGGAGGAUGACCAAGAAUACAGGGCUCCGCAGGAGGGCAACCUGCUGUACCAGCUCUACAGCCUGGGGGAUAUGCUGCUGCUGGUGAGGAGCACCAUCGAGUCAGCCCUGGCCAAGACUAAGCGGGGCUUCUCCAAGGUUUUUCCUGUUUAUGUUUUACCCAAGUUGGAAUAUCAGCUCGGCCAUGGAGUGGAAAUUCUGACAAAAAGUGAAGCUUGUCGCUUGUGGGUGGAAAAACUGUUGCAUUCCAACACCAUGUUUUAUAUAGGACACAUUGAUGCACUUACAUCAAAGCUGUUUAUGCUGGAUGAGUUUUUACCAGACUCGAGUACAAAUGCAUUUGUUGACUUCAAACCAGCAAACAUGUUGAACAUACUUCACCAUUUGUUGAACAAGAUUCUUGGCUUGCAGGAGGGGAGGUAUCUGCUGAGCCACAGAGCUGGAGAGGCUUUGGUCACCAUUUCCAGAGUGUGUGAUGGGAUGAAGGUGACACGCGCAACUCUGAACCUGCACGAGGCCCACAGCUCUCCGCCUCGGGCUCCUUCCAGCGGUGUUGUGCCUUGGGUGCCGGUGGACUCCUCUCGCGUGUUGGACUUCCAUGUUAAACAGGGCCGCGUCCCCUGCACCUUUCCACCCCGGCCCGCGGCCAAGAAGCAGGGGCACAAGGUGGGUGUGGCCAAAGGCAGCGAGCCCAGUGCCGGCACAGGAACGGCUGUCGCCAUGGAAACAAAGAGCAGCGAGCCGCCAGCUCAGCCAGGCCAGCAGCCGGGCGGGGCAGCCAAAAAGAAGAAGAAGAACAAGGGAAAGCGAGCUAAUCGGGCUCUGAAGAGGAGGCAGAAGAAACUACAGCAGAAGGCACAAGCCACAGCAUAGCGCGUAUAAAAGUAAAGCUGAAUAUGGAAACCCAUCCCUGCAGAAGAGGGUUUCUAAAUUCUAAACCAAAAAAAAAAGACAGAGGGAUUAUUUUGUUCAGGAAGUGAUUUCUUUUAAUAGCACUUUUAAAGUUAGGAAACGUGUUUCAUGUGACUCCAUUUACUCAGUUGACACUUUGGCUUGACCAGCUGGAGAAUGUUAUGAAGCCCGUCUUCACAUAUACUUGCAAACACAUUUCGCAAGCAUGUCUGUGCAGAAUCUCAGCUAUUGUAAAUCAAGUUCUUGGUCUUGUCAGAUUUAGCUAAAAUAUGAGGCAGAUUGUUUUCAAUAAUUUGUCAGCCGAUCUGAUACCUUUCCAAAAAUGAUGCACCUAAAGAAGAGCAAACUUAAAAAGUUGUGGGAAACGUUUCUAUAUUCUGCAAUAGGUGGGUACCGACAGCUGUUAGUUUCCCAUGGAAAUGGGGAGACGAACAUUUGUUUAAUUCUGAAUAUGUAAUCUCUCUUAUGAUGUAGGUUGUGUUUUUUAUUUGUUCCACAACAGAAAGGGAACAAUUCUGCCUUGAUUUUAAAGAGAUUGUGCUUCUUGUGGACAUUGUGCCAGAUCUGUGGUAUGUUUUGCACUGUUUAAGACAGUUUGAAUCCGUGUGCCUCUGACGCCAGCUGAGUUUGACCUUACUCCAGCUACAGAUGGACAUGACUGCAAAAUGUUUCCAGUUAAGAUGCUUAACUCUUUGUAAUCAUCAGUCUCUAGUUAUGACCCUGAAGAUGCCAUUGAGAACCACAAGACUGAUGUCUCCCAGUAUUAAGCUGAAGUAAAAGCUGUAUUAUCUAUUGAAAGGUGUACAAUUCUUUUGUAAAUUGAAGGAUGUAUUAAAGGAUUGUUUGUUGCAA